UGGUGGAGUAUCAGAAGGCCCUGGAGCAGCGUGACCACAUCAUUGGGCAGAUGGAGGCAGGCUUCAAACAACUCAUGCAUAAAAAUGUUGAGGCGGAGGCGAAGGGCCGGAAAGCUGAGGAGCACUACUCGGGAGAGAUCCAGACAUUGGCUCAGCAGGUGCAGGAACUCACGGCACAGCUCACCAUCACAUCCCACCAGCACCAGGCUGCCAUGAAGGCUGCCCAGGACCACUUUUCCCAGCAGCUGGCUGCCUCACAGAAGCAGAUGAGAGAUCAGCAUGGAAGUGAGUUGGCAAGCCUGAGAGAGCAGCAUGCAUCAGAGAUGACAGGAAUGACCCUGCAGGUGGAGUCUCUGGAGAAGAGUCACAGAGAGGAGCAUCACAAACUGGUGGAGCAUCUUACUCAUCUCAGUAAUUCCCUUGGGGCCCAGCUGGAAGAGGAGAAGGGGAAGGUUUUGGGGCUGCAGAGGGAGAAGGAGGAGUGGGAGGUGCAUAAGAAAGAAUUGGAAGCUGAGUCUGAGGAAAGGGAAAACCUGAGGAGAAGUCUGAAUGAACAGAUUACUGUCAGGGAGGAUCUUCAAGAAAAAUUAAGGCAACAAUUUGGGAGACAGUUGGAGGAGGAGAGGAAGAUGGAAAACCUCCAGAAUGUGUCAGAAAGCCUGUCUGAGGAUCUCAAGGCAGAGAAUGAGAAGAGGAAAAUUGUGGAGGGCAAACUGGAAGAAGAAAUGAAGAAUGCUAGGAAAUGGUUUGAAGAAAAAACUGCAUUAGAAGUGAAUCAGAAACAAGUGGUGCUCCAGCUGCAAGUAGCUGAGGAAGAGCUGGCCAAGGCUGUAGCUUCCAGUGUGAGUAACUGUGAGAAAUUGGAAAGGCUUGAUCAGGAAAAUGAGGUCUUGAUCAAGGAUAAGGAGUCUUUAUCCAAAGAAAAUAAGAACUUGACUUUAGAAAAAGAACUUUUAGAAAAAGAGAGAGAGAAAUUGAUAUCAGAAAACCAAUCAUUAACCAAAGAAAAGGAAAGUUUAACUUCAAAUAAUGAAGUACUUACCAAAGAAAAAGAUUUCUUAACUUUACACUCCGAAGCUUUAACCAAAGAAAAGGAAACACUGGCUUCAGAAUAUAAAAUGUUAACCAAAGAGAAAGAAGCCAUAGCUUUAGAAAAAAGUAGAAUUUUAGCAGACAAAAAGAUAAAGGAGAAAGAAAAGCAAUGUUUAGCUAAGGAAGUAGAAACUUUAACAAAAUUUAAAGACUCUCUCAUCACUGAAAAGGAUAUUUUAUUGAAAGAGAAACAGGACUCAACUGUGGAAAAAGAUUUGUGGACAAGAGAAAAGGAAGCUUUACUUGCUGAGACAGAAGCUUGGGCCACAGAGAAAGAAAAUUUACUCUUAGAGAAAGAAAGUCUGCUCUUGGAAAAGAAAAAUCAUGUCUCAGAAAGAGAAAUUUUGGUGAAAGAAAAUGCAGCUUUGAGUCGUCAGCUUGAGGUAUUGAGUGCAGAAAAGGAAGAGGGAACUAAAGAUAAAGAAAAGCUGACUGCAUGCAUAGACACUUUGAUGUCAGAAAAAAGUGCACUGCUAAAAGAAAAAGAUGCUUUGCUCUGUGAAAAAGAAUUGUUGAUAUCUGAAAAGAAAACAUUUUCCUCUGAGAAGAUUAUUUGGAGCAAAGAUAAACAAAACUUGUCCUAUGAAAUUGAUGCUUUAUGUACUGAGAAAAAAUGUUGGUCCCAAAAGGAAGAAUUGUUGAGCAAGAAAAACGAAUCCCUCAAUGCAGAAAACAAAGACUUGACUGAACAAAACAAAAAUUUAGGUAAUGAGAAAGAACAUCUGUUGGAACAGAAUAGAUCUCUGAGCAAUGAAAAAGAAGUGUUAACUGAGGAAAGGGAAAUCCUGAUGAAACAAGUGCAAGAUUUGACCACUGAGAGGGAAAGUGUAGUGCAGCUGAUGGAGGAAGUGAGGUCCCUUGGGGAGGUGGUGGAGGCAGGGCAAGUUGAGAGGAAGCGUCUGGAGGACGUGUGUGCCAGUAAGGAAGCAGAAUUGGAGCAACUUAAGGAAAAAUAUACCCAGACAUUAGCAUCAAAGGAGUCUGACUUUAAGGAACUUGAGGAAAGCUACAAGAAGAAGCUUUUAUCAAAGGACAUUGAACUUCAAGAACUAGAAGAAAACUUUAAAGAAAAAUUUUCUUUGAAAGAAAAAGAAAUAAAAGAACUUGAAGAGAUGUAUGAAAAGAAAUGUUCACAGAAGGAUAAUGAGCUACAAGAACUUUUAGAGAGGAUUGCCCUGAAGGAAAGUGAAUUAGAGGAGCUGAAAAAGAAGGACAGAAAAAUGGAAAUACUGCAUGAAAAUUGUCUUGGUCUGCUGGAACACCUUCAGAGUGGAGAGGAGGAGAGGAAGAAGAUAGAAGAGGAGUGUGAAGACAAAUGUGAGAUGCUGAACACUGUAUUGAGGAAAGUAGAUGUAAAGUUGUGUGAAGCUACAUCUCUUGUGUCUAAACAGAGGGUUUCUGCAGGAGAGAAGAUGCAAAGAGCUGGACCAAGGAGUAACUUGGAGGAAGCUCCUUCCAAGUUAAGAGAGAGUGAAACUCCCCACAUCUCCAUGGAUAGAAGUAAGUGUGAGAGGGAGAUGGAAAGCUGCAAAUUAUUAGAGGAACUUCAUUAUGUCAAGGAGAAACUAGAAGCAGGUAAGAAAAAUGAAGAGGAUCUAACCAAACAGCUUACUUUGUCAGAAAAAGAGAAAAAGCAGCUUGCCAACGAAGCAGAAGUCAUGCGUCAAAAGAUCCACGACCAACACUUCACCAUCACAUCGCUGCAGAAUGAAAAGUCUCGGCUGGGCCAGCACAUCAUGCAGCUGGAGGGGGAACGGUCUUCUCUGAGGGCCGAGGAGAGUCGGCAUCAGAAAUACAAGCUGAAUAUGCAGAAGGAGCUGAGCACUCUGAAGGCAGAGGUAACCACACAGAAGCAAAAAAUUAAACUACUACAGGAAGAGAUGAAAAGAUUUAACCAAGCUUUUGCAGCUCUUACUCAGGAAGGCAUAGAUUGCCCAGAGAAGCUGAGGGACACCUUAACAACUUUGAAUUGUUUAUGUUCAAAAUUAGAGAGUCUUUUGAGUUCUGAGAAAGAGGAUGACCCCUUGUGGUUGACUGCAUUUUCCCAGGAGCUGCAGACGCAGUGGGAGCACUAUCGUACCACUCUAGACAACCUGAUGGAUCUACAGCAACACACAGACACCCUCCUACAAGACAAAUUGGAGGCAGACUUGAGAAACAUUUCCUUGAGUGCUGAGCUUGACUCUUUUAAAGGCAACAUAACCCUGGAUGAGUCUGGGAUGGAUGGAGGCUUGGAGGGGAAAGCUUUGGAGGAAAAAGAGGACAAUGAGAAUGAAGACUUGAUGCUGAAGAGUGUGAGGGAAGAGAACAAGGUACUAAAGCAGUGUCUGGAUAACAAGAGUCUUUUGCUGAGGCUGGAGAGACUUCAUUUGUCGAACCCAAAACCAAACUUUGAGAGGGAGAUGAGCCUGUGCUUGAGGGAACGCAAGGUUGUGAUGCAGGUUGUGAGGAAGCAUAUGGAGCAGUUUAUGGCCAAGUGGAAACAGUGUGCAGAAACUCACCCUUCACUGCCUGCCUUGGUUGAAGCUCUGGCUGAUUGUGUUGAAGAUCUUGGUGAACACCUGUUGGGUUUCAGUAACGGUGAUGACAUGAGUGCAGAGGUUGUGGUGCGAUGCUUGCAGCAGGCCAUGGUCAGAGGUGUGAGCAAGGAGUACCAGGAGGCCAUCAGUGCCACCCUAGAGACCCUGAGGCAGGACUUGAACCACACCCUUCACCACAUCACUCUACCCUCCUCCUUACUAGACACACCAAAGCUCUCCUCUUCUCUUGAUGGAACCUCCCUGCAGGACACCACUCAGAGGGGUGCACUGUUCCAAGGGGAUGACACACAGCAGGACUCUCUCUCCUCCUCUCUUCACAAGGAUACCUCUUCCUAUGAGCCUCACACCUCCCCUCAAGCUCUGACAGCAAAGGUGGAGCAUUUGAUUAAUGUGAGGACAGCCCUGGUGGAUGCAGCUAAUGAGUUUAAUGAGGAGCUGGAGGAGGUCCUGGGGCAACAUUUGGCUCCCCUGAAGGAGCAGCUUCAGGAUGUGGUAAAGGAUAGAGAGACAAGUGUCAGGGAGGAAGUAUCCAGUCUUCCUGCCCUCCCUGAGCAUCAGACAUUCAUACAGGAGUUCACUGGCUUCACCUCGAGGGUGUCUCAGGAGGCACACACUGAAAAGCUGCAGGUGCUGAGGAACCAACAAGAGAUGGUGCACAAGAUCCUGGAAGAUAAUCAGGCUAAGCUCAGUGCAGUGUGUCAUGCCUUCCUGGAGAGCCUGCAUGGGCUCACUAGUGUUGAAGAGAUGGAAGCCAAAGGCAGGGCACUGGUGGACAACCUGGAGCGCACCCUGGCAGAGGAGGCGAUGUGGGUGGAGAAGCAAUACAGGGACUUGCUUGAGCACUACACCCAGGAGCAGGAUAACAACAACCAAGCACACACCCUCACCUGCAGCCACCUUGUCCACACACUCACCCUCCUCCUCCACUCCAACAAAAAUGUGAGUGAGCCAAAGGAGCUGAGGCAGGAGCAUACAAGACAAGUUGAGCAGCUGUGUGAGGAACAUGAGGAGGAGAUCCAGCGCCUGGAGGCUCAGCUCGCUGCCAAGGACCAGGAGACUUUGGAAAUUAUUGAUGAAGAAAUUGCUCAGCUGGAGUCUGAUUCGCAUCACAGCCUCAGUCUUAGAGACGAGCUCUCUAGCACACUGAACACCCACUUCAGCAACAUCAGAAUACAAGUCACCAAGCAACACCUUCAAGGACUUUACAAUGACAGGGAUUGGUACAAGAAGACAGUUGGGCUGCUGUCCCAUGUGACCCUGCAGCUGCUUCACUACUACAGUGUGGCUCAGAGCCUCACCCACCAGCCACAAGAGGAUGCUGCCUCACCUCCCCCACACCCUCCUGAGUCUCCUACUCCUGGCAGGAUUCUGGACUUGUCUUUCCUAUCAGACUGUGUUGGAGAGGAGGAAGAGGAGAUGCUGGCCUUCAGUGAGGACAGAGCCUUGGCCACGGGACUGAUGGGGAGGACAACUAUGGGCAUGGAAGGGGAGGUGGAGGAUGCUGAGUCAGCACUGGAUGGCACAGCAGUCAGUGAGGGCAUGAUGGAUGACCUGGACAAGGAUGAACAGGUCCGUGCCCUGCUGGAGAGAUCUUACCCUCAGUUGAUGGCCAUUCUGAAGGGCCGCUGGGACAGAGUACUAGUAGCCCGCCUGGAGAAGGAAGUGCAGGAGCUUACUAUUUCCUUGCAGGCCUCAGCAGGGAUGCUCAGGAUAUUCAUUCACUCAGUGUCAGGCAAUGAAAAUGACUUGACACCACGUGUCUUGAGGGAUGAAGUCCAAGAGGAGGGAGUCAAGAGUUCUGUGCUGAAGGUGGGUCACUCUGAGUCCAUGCAGGAAGACGAUGAACAGAAGAAGGAAUCAGAUGGGAUCUGUAUGCCUCUUGGAACGCAUCUAUCGCAUAAAUCGAGAGUUACCUGUACACAACAUUCAUGGUGGUGGUGUGAUCUGCAGCUGGAGGUGGCUGACCGGCAGCUAAAAUCAGCCCGUCAGUUCCUUGAGGAGCAUGCCAGUGACCGUGACCAGGAGGUGGAGGAGCUGGUGGCGGCGCGGGACAAGCUCACUCUCCAGCUGCGGGAAAGAGAUGCCCAGUUGGUCCACCACGCUUCCCAGGAGAAAGAGGUGGAGAACUUAGAGCGACAGUUGUGGAAAAAGUCUGAGGAGCUGCAAGAGGCUCUGUCCAAAAAAGAGGAGUUGCAAGUUGAAAACAGAGCAUCUAAGGACAAGAUUUGUGACCUGCGGGAGAUCAUCCAGUCCUUGGAGUCACAGGUGGACAGCCACUGUAUGAAGGAAGCUGAACUUCAUGAGCAGGUGCAGGAACUGGCUGAUGCACUCACUCUCGCUAAGCAGCAGGCACAACACCUCUCCUCCCAGGUGGAGGAGCUGCAGCCAGGGGACAGGAUGCAGGUUGAUGGACAGUCAGCAGAUGACACAACACGAGAUGUCUCAGAGGCAAAGGCAGAAGGGAAUGUUUGCCAACACAAUGUUUCCCUUUUGUCUGAACUACAGGAGGACAUCUACUCCUCCUCACUCAUGUUCCGGCAGAUUGAGAAACGUUUGAGAGACACAACACGAGGUCUGGAAGCCAUGCAGUUGUCGGGCUCACUGGAGGACAUUUCUGCACAGGAUGUAGAGGUGACUGUGGAUGGAGGUGAGGGCAGACUGUCACCAUCCACUGUAGACCGUCGCCUGGAGGACCAGCUGGUGGCCCUGGAGUGCACCACCGAGGUUGCCAUCAAGCGCAACAAAGAUCUGCAGAUCACCAUACAGAAUUUGCAGGCAGAAUUUGAGGAAAUAACAGCAGAGCGAGACACUCUCCAGGAACGGUCAAGAGAGCAGUUAGUCAAGAUCUCCAGCCUGGAAGCACGACUGGACGAGGUGAGGCGUGCCGACCACCCGGCAGCGGCCGACAUGAGACAACGGCUGGCACUACUGCAGGAAGACCUGGAGGAAAAAAGAGAAGAGCUCACCAAAAAGAGCAUAGAGGUAGAGGAGCUGAAGCACUCGUUGUCCAGCCUCAGAGAACAACUGACUAACCGUGAAGGUGAGCUGCAGCAACUUCAAAGUGCCUCUCUUGCUCAGCCACACAGCCUUCCCCAGACUGCUCAGGACCAUCUUGCUGUCACCCAUGCCCAGCUGGAGAAGGACCUUGCCCACAAGACUCACCUUAUCCAGUCCCUUCAGAAAGAACUCAGUGAAAUCAAACAGCCAUCCUCUUUGUCUCCCUCACUGGCUGAGGACCUCAUAUUAGAUAAAAAUGCAGAGAUCUCAGAGCUGAGCAACAAGGUGAAGGCUCUGAUGUGUGCCAUCCAGAAGGUGUACCUUCUCAUCAGAGGAGAAGGGAACUUGUAUGAGGCCCAACAAGUGCUGUCUGGUGUGCUGGGUAAGGAGUUUGUUGAUUCACUGAAUGAGAGUGAGGAGCAAGAGUUGUUAAGAAGAGGAGAACCAGAGCAGAUGCCCAGCUUGGUUCAUGAUGCCAGCAUUAAAGAGGCAGCAGUCAUUCAAGUGUCACCAGUGCCGCUGCAGAUGUCCAGUAAACCAGGAGAGGAUUCAGUCCACACUCAACCCUCACUUGUUGAAUUUUCUCUCAUGUCAGCUCAAACAGUCCCGCCUCCUGAACUUUCACAGGUCUCAGAAGUGACAGAGGAUGAGCAGCCAAAGUCACAGUCCACAUCUGCCAGUGAGGCUGCAUCCUCCCACACAGACUCACAGCGUGGUGCUUCGCCACGCAGCCAUAGCUCCUCAGCAGUGGGCAUCACACUGUCCCGGGAGGAGUAUGACGCUAUGUGUUCUACCAGUAUGGAGAUCACAGUACAUAAGGCACAUAUUGAACUGUUAACCCAGGAGAUUCGAAGUCUUAAUGACUAUCAGGCUCAUCUUGAGGAGGACUUCAAAGCAGCCCAGGAGCUGCUGGAGGCCAGGGAGGCUGAGAUCCUGCAGCUGACAGAAGAGGUGGAGGAUGCACCUCCUAUGCCCCUCUCCACCCCCAUCCCCCAACACCCUGCCACACAGCAGGAGAUGACCACCAGGCUGAAGGCGUAUGAGGAGCAGGUGGACCAUUUGUCAGCAGCCGUGCAAAGGAAGAGUGAGGAGAUGCAGCAGCUCUCAACACAGCUGGAGCAUGUGCAUGCUGAGAUGAAGGAGAGGCUGUUUGAGGCCAGCAGGGAAGCUGCACGCAUAGAACAACAGUUCCAGCAGCAAAUUUUAGACCUGAAGGAACAGCACAUCGCCCGUGAGAAGAAGCUGUGCCAGGACUAUGAAGAGCGUGUGGCCAAACAGGUGGAGGAUGUGGCACAACGCAUCAACAAGAACAAGGAGGCGGCCAUGGCAAGGCAGCAGGAGGUGUUUGAAGCCACGCUGCGCCAGGCUGUCUUGGAGCGGGAUCAGGCCCAGAGGGAGCUUGAGCAGUGGCGGGCAGCUUCAGCCUCACCAUCACCAGCACCACAGGUGGCACCUCCAUCACAGCCACCAGAGCAGCAGACAGUUGUGUUUGCAAUAUACAUAAAUGACAUGGACAAAGGAGUAGAAAGCUAUAUGAGUUUCUUUGCAGAUGACGCAAAACUUUUGAAGAAAGCGUUUCAGGUGCUUUCAUUGAUCGAUAUUAUGUUCCUAUGCAAACACUGCACCCAGCUUGACACAAGCCAGCGGUCCUUCAUUGCCAGCAGUGGCCUGAUGGCUAGCUCACUCCUGGAAAGAGGAAGCACAGGAGAGCAGACACAGCUGAUGCGUAACUUGGCAGCUGUAGAAGAGGAGCUGGCUAAAAUGGAACAGGAAAUGAAGAGAAAGAUUGGAGUGCUAGAGUUUCAGCUGGAGCAGGAGAGAAUGUCUGGCAGUGAGUGGAAACUCUCUUUUGAGUCUGAGAAGCAACAUUCCCGUGACUUGAUGGAACAGUUGCGCAAAGAACGACUGACAGGAGCAGAGCAUGUAUCUGAGCUCACUCUGCUUCGCUCACAGCUCCUCACCAUCCGUCUCCAACUCCAGAAGCUUCAGGAGGAAAACAUUAGUCUGAGUGAGUGUCAAGAAAAUAAAGGCAAGCAGAUAGAGAACCUUCAAGCAGCACUGCAAGUGGAGCGCAGCAACUUCAGCAGAGUGUCCAAGGUGUUGAGUGAGGAGAGGAAGGUGUCUGGCCUCACCCAGGCCGAACAAGAAGCUAUCAUUAAGGACCUGCGUAACUCUUUGGAGAAUGAGCGUGGCAGAAUUGUGGCACUAUGUAGCCACCUUGAAAGGAUGACCAGCCAACACUCCACACAGCCACCAACCACUGCCACACCCACUCCUGUCAGGCAUCUCAAAAAAUCUAACCCCUCCAGACCAACUAUUGAAGAGCUUCAGGUACAGCUUGCAGUGGAGAGGGAACGCUGUGGAGAGCUGGAGAGGGCCUGUGAGAGGGAAAGGCUCCAGGCAGUGAGCCAGAAGGAGCAAGCAGCUGCUGAGAGGGUGCAGUCCAAAAUAGAAGUAAGAAAGGCAGAAGGAAGACUUGCUGAGCUUACAAGGACCAUUCGCAGCCUUGAGACUGAGAAGCAGAGGCUGGUGAGACAGAUGAGUCAUGAGAAGGAGCGGCUGCAGCACCAGGACUCCCGCAUCAAGGAGCUGGAGGGGGAGGUGAGGAAGCUGGAGGCUGACUCAAGGGCUCAGUCUGAAGUUCACCAAGUCAUGGCUGAGAGAAUGAGGGAGGAGAGUACCCAGCUACAUGUGGCAUACACCAGGGCUCUCACUAAGCUGGGAGAAGUCGAGGCAGAGGUGUGUGAAUUGCGUCACAAGUUACGAUCCACUGUCAAGGAGCUGCAGAUGGCACGGGAGCAUGAAGAGCAGCUGAAGCAGGACCUCCACUCUGCUCGGACGGCUGUUGACCGGAUGGGCUUGCCAACGCUCUUUAGAAUGGUGAAUCAGGAUGGAUGCAGUGACCUCCAAGUAAAAGCAAACCUUGAGCUGUGCCGAUCAAUGCUGCAGCUGACAGAUGACCAGCGAGCCUUGCGGGCACGGAUAGUUGAGCUUGAGGACACUGUCACCUCCCUCAACCAGCAGCUGCUUCAGGCACAGGAAUCUAAUCAGAAGAACAGCAAUAUUGAGGAGAAGCUGAAGACUGAGAGGCAAGUGUGGGAGACAGAGAAAGCAUCCCUUCAACACAUGAACCAGCAGUAUGAGGCAGAGGUGAGGAGGCUGCGGGCUGAAAAGAACACUCACCACAGUAUUCCAGGAACAGCUGAGAUGCAGCAGCUGUAUGGGCGUUACCUGCAGAGCGAACACUGGCGUAAGGCUCUGGUGUGGCAGAAGCAGUACCUGAUGCUGGUUAUCAAAGGCUACAGUGACACAGAGCAGCACACCCUGGCCCGCCUCACUGCCAUGGCGACCUCUCACAUCUUUCCCUCCAGCACCUCACACUCCAGGAUCUUGCCCCCAGGAGAAGGUUCAGGUCAAGUUGCAGUGGUGGUGGUGGUGGCCACAUGCAGGAUGAAGAACCUGGUGCUGAGAUUCCACAGGAAGAAGAGACUGUGUGUGGCAGCGCAGGCUGCAGCCUACACAACUGUCUCCUCUCCAGAGAACAGCCGGCCACAAUCCAGCAGUAGUGUGGUGAGAGGCAGGGAAGUCUGGCCCUCCACACCUCAGGCAGUCAGUGAGGCAGCCUUGUCCACCAGCUUCACUGGACUCACACCACCCACCAGAGAGCCGAGUGUCACCGCCACACACAGACCCCUGUCUGCCACACACAGGAGUCUGUUCCAGGAGGACUCUGAGGAGCUCAAUCAGUACGUUGAGCGGCUGGACAACAUCCACUCGGUCCUUGGCCUCACCCACAAGAGGCAGUGACUUCAAAAAAUGUGCCAUUAUGAUUUUUAGGGUUUUCUUUCUCAUUCUCAUGCAGCUUGUUGACUUGUGAAAGUGUUUAAUCUUUAUUGUUUUAAACAAUUGAAAGUAGAUCUCUAUUAUUUUUAUCAAAUGCAAUAGAUAGUGAUGUGGAGGUUCAAGGAAACUAGUCUAUUUUUAUCAGAGGAGAAUCAUUGUACAUAUCUCAUAAACACAUGUAAACUUAUUUAAUGAUUUACAUUUUAAUAAUAAUAUAAUCACAGUUUGCAGACUGGCUUACAAAAAACAAAGAAAAAGAAAAAAAAAGUAAAGAAAAAUAAAUGAAUAAAAAGUAUUGUUAUGGCUGACAACUGUACCUGUAUGAAAUCUAAGUCAUCCACUGGAAGCAUGUGGUGGUGUAGAGUGAGCAGCAAGUGGAAGGAGGUGGAGUGGCUCAGAGGCGGCGACUCACUCCAAGAGUAUUUGUGGUAUACUGAAGAUUUGUUAUUUAAAACUGGUGCAGUAAAUACCAAGAUGAAAAGUUUGUGCAUUGUUUAUUGAUUAUUAAAAACCUAUUUUAUAGUG